AUGGCGACCCUUGAAGCUCCUGCAGUGCGUGCUGCUGCAUUGUCCACGUGUCAGUCUGGUUUGUGCGCGUCCAGCUCACGGCGAACCGUUGGAUGGCAAGCCGUUAGCCACUCUGCUAGUUUUAACAAGCUCGCGAAGAGCGUUCGCGGGACGGCGAAGGUCAGGGCUGUAGCGGAGAUCAAGCCAGCGGCUGCUGACUCACCAAAGAUGAAGGAUCUUGCGCGCCCGGAUUCGUUCGGCCGAUACGGCCAGUUCGGCGGCAAGUACGUUCCAGAGACCCUCAUGGCCGCUUUGGAUAAUCUCGAGAAGGUUUAUAACGAGACAGUGAAGGAUCCCGCUUUCCAGGAGGAGUUCCAGUCCAUCCUCAAGGACUACGUGGGCCGCGAGUCGCCGCUCUACUUCGCGGAGCGCCUCACGGAGCACUACUCGCGGCCCGACCCCGCCGACCCCUCGCGCCGCGUCGGCCCGCACGUGUACCUGAAGCGGGAGGAUCUGAACCACACGGGCGCGCACAAGAUCAACAACGCCAUUGGUCAGGUGCUCCUGGCGAAGCGCAUCGGCAAGAAGCGCAUCAUUGCGGAGACGGGCGCGGGGCAGCACGGCGUGGCGACGGCGACGGUGUGCGCGCGCUUCGGGCUGAACUGCAUCGUGUACAUGGGCGCGGAGGACAUGCGGCGGCAGGCGCUCAACGUGUUCCGCAUGCGCCUGCUGGGCGCAGAGGUGCGCGCGGUGCACAGUGGCACGCGCACGCUCAAGGACGCCACGUCAGAGGCGAUCCGCGACUGGGUGACCAACGUGGACACCACACACUACAUCCUCGGCUCCGCUGCCGGGCCCCACCCCUACCCCAUGAUCGUGCGCGACUUCCAGGCCAUCAUUGGACGUGAGGCCAAGAAGCAAUCCCUGGAGAAGUUUGGUCGUCUCCCAGACGUGCUGGUGGCGUGUGUGGGGGGUGGGUCGAACGCCAUGGGGCUGUUCCACGAGUUUGUGGAGGACGAGGGCGUGCGCAUGGUGGGCGUGGAGGCCGCAGGGCACGGCGUGCACACGGACAAGCAUGCGGCGACUCUCACUGCCGGGGAGGUGGGCGUGCUGCACGGCGCCAUGAGCUAUUUGCUCCAGGACUCGGAUGGGCAGAUCAUCGAGCCACACAGCAUCAGUGCCGGCCUUGACUACCCUGGAGUGGGUCCCGAGCACAGCUUCCUCAAGGACAUUGGGCGGGCGGAGUACUUCAGUGUGACGGACGAUGAGGCCCUGCAAGCAUUCAAGCGUGUGUCGCGAUUGGAAGGCAUCAUCCCGGCUCUUGAGACGUCCCAUGCGUUGGCAUACCUCGAAUACCUGUGCCCGCAGCUGGCCGAUGGCACCAAGGUCAUUGUGUGCUUUAGUGGCCGCGGUGACAAGGACGUCAAUACCGUCAUCAACUUGCUAGGCGAGGACCUUUGA